AUGGCAAGACUACGCAGGAAAGCGUGCAUAGCUCUGUUUCUCUUCACGAUAUUCGUCUUCGGGACCAUGAUGGGACUGAGGACCUUGAAGCCCAGCGACGGCUUCUCAGAUCUGGCUCCGGGCUUGGAGCUGCUGCCGAUGAUAGCGGGGAAGAUGGACCGGCGCUCCGUGUCCCGUGGCUCCACCGCGUCCCCGGGUCAAGUCCCAGUGGCUGGCAGCGACGCUAAAGCAGUUUGGUCCAACUCUGGCCCCGAGGGGACCAUCUUUUAUGACGUUCAUAUCUUUUACUACACCUGGUACGGCAACCCACAUAUGGACGAGAAAUACAUCCAUUGGGACCAUAUCCUGGUUCCACACUGGGACCCCAAAAUCGCAUCCAGCUACCCGAGAGGAAGACACAUGCCACCCGAGGACAUCGGCUCCAGUUUCUACCCCGACCUUAAUCCGUACAGCUCGAGGGACCCGGACGUGUUGGAGUCCCACAUGGAGCAGAUAGGAGCAUCUGCAGCAGGGGUUCUGGUCCUGUCCUGGUAUCCUCCCGGCAUGGCUGACGACAACGGGGAACCCGCUGAGGAUAUGGUUCCAGCUGUGCUGGAUGCUGCAUAUAGACACAACCUCAAGGUUGCAUUUCACAUCCAACCAUACAGAGGACGAAACGACCAGAGUGUGCAUGACAACAUCAAGUAUAUCAUUGACAGGUACGGUGACCAUGGAGCCUUCUACAAGUUUACUUCCAGCACAGGGAAGAGUCUUCCUCUAUUUUACAUCUACGACACUUACCUGACUCCUCCAGAGUCCUGGUCUGAAUUCUUGACUCCCACCGGCUCCCACAGUGUGCGCGGCUCAGCCUACGACUCCAUCUUCAUCGCACUGAUCGUGGAGGAGCGCCACAAGCACGACAUCCUCGCAGGCGGCUUUGAUGGCAUGUACAGUUACUUUGCCUCCAACGGUUUCUCCUUUGGCUCUUCUCACCAGAACUGGAAGGCCAUUAAAGCUUUUUGUGACGGCAACAAUCUCCUCUUCAUCCCAAGCGUUGGACCUGGUUAUAUCGACACCAGCAUCCGGCCGUGGAACAACCACAACAUGCGCAACAGGGUGAACGGUCGCUACUAUGAGACGGCCCUGCAGGCGGCGCUGAACGUGAGGCCAGAGGUCGUCACCAUCACAUCGUUUAACGAAUGGCACGAGGGGACACAGAUAGAGAGGGCAGUGCCCAAAAAAACAGUGACCCGUGUGUAUUUGGACUAUCAACCACAUGGACCCGAUCACUACCUGGAGUUGACCCGCCGCUGGGCGGAGCAGUUCAACAAGGAGAAGGAGCAGUGGCUCAUGUGAACUUUCCUCAGACUGACUUGAAACAGCAUGCUGCGGUGGAAGUGUGUG